CAGUGGUCGCCUGCAUAUUAGGCUUGUCGUGUGCUGCCCCACAUGGAGGCUUUUUGGCAGCGGUGGCUUGGCAAUCUCCCCCUCAACGCCGUUCUACCCGGGCGAGCCUGCACGUACGACUUCCGUUACGACAUCAACGACCAAUACGGCGGCAACUUCUAUGGCCACUCCGAAGUGAGGGACGGAGCCGUCACUCAGGGAAGUUACUAUGUGCAGCUUCCCGACUCUCGACUGAUGAAAGUAAAUUACAUCGCUGACGAAUAUGGGUAUCAUCCAACAAUAACAUACGAAGGGGAAGCUCAGCACCCAGGGCAGGAAUUUCUUCCUCCCCCAAAGGAUGCUGGGAUUCUCACCCCUGCAACUGCUCCUAUUCACAGCUCGAUCUCCAUCCGAGCACCCAUUGGUACCCCUCUGCCAAACAUUGUUCCAGGACCCUUUACUCACCUUUCUCGACCUUUUCUUGGCGUUUCUCCCGUCCACGGUGAGUUAUUGUCCCUGCCUGCUGAUCCCAGUCCCCUUCAGGCCCUACACGGUCCACCAGUUCCAUUUUUGCACUCUUCUCCAGCGUUCGCCUUCCAAGAACCAGCUCCUUUGCCAGUUCAAGUUUUUGGAAAGUCAGGAAAAUAAUAUGUAUGAUCUACAGAAAAUCGUAAUAAAACCUUUCUGUUGUCCUUUCCUCAUCGUCAAUGUCAAUUGUCAGUGUGUUUCUUGUUAAACAUUUGUUGCGAUUUAAAAGACUUUCAUAACACAAGCAUUUGCCAUCCUAAAAUUAAUUUGUAAAUGAUGCUGAAUAUCGCGUAAAAAAGUUCUACCGUUUCCUGUUCCUCAUAUCACAAUUGGUGGAUUUUGUGUAACCUAUCCUCUCCAUUUCCUUUAGAUUUGCUCCUCAGCCACUUUGCCAAUGUUGGUGUUAUGACUAGAAUCUACUGAAACUUGGAAAAAUGUCUAUAUUUUUUAUUACU